AUGGACACACUUUUUACAUAUGUAAAUAAUCGUGUCAUUGACAUUGAUGGUGUUAAUAAUGAAUUAUUAUUAUUAUCUACACCCAACCAUGAUUUAUAUUAUAGUUAUAUAAUGUAUUUAUAUGAUAACAAUGAAAAAGUCAAUCCUUCACAUAACCAAUUUAAAUCAAUUUAUAAUAUUAUACAAAGUUAUGAUAAAACACAAGAGAUCUUUAUAAUUUCAAAAUAUUCAGAAUAUGUUAUUUCAAACUAUACAGGAAAUGAACAAAUUGAUAUUGAACAAUUAUUUACAAAAAUAGUAUCAUCAGUUCUAGAAAAUGUUAAUUUAGUUGAUAAUCAUUUAACAGACUUUUAUAUGAUACAUCAAGUAAUUAUAAAUAAUAUUUCUUUAUUUGAUAAUUCAAUUUCAAAUAAAAUUAUAGAGAAAAUAUUGGAUUUUAUUGAAAGUAAUAUUAAACAUGCAUCAGAAUUUAGAAUAUUUCAUAUUUAUUUAUUAUUAUCAUUAUUAUCAUUUGAAGAUGUUAUUGGUUUACAAGGUUAUAUAGAUUUUAAAAAACCAAUUAUAGAUUUAUUCUUGAAAUUCUUUGAAAGUUUUAUCUUUUCACAGAAAAAAGGAUUAAUUUUUGAUUAUGGUAUUAAAGGUAAUGGUGGUGGUAAAGUUGACACAAUUAAAACCAAAUGUUUUACUCCAUUAAAUAGUAAUCAAAAACCUAGAAAUAUAAUGAUUAAAUUAGAUUUACAAAGAUUUGAAACAAUUGCAGUUAAUUUACAAUUAUUAAUUUCAAACUUUAAAUUAUUAUUCAGAUUAAUUCAAGAUAAUCCAUUAUCAUCAUCUUACAUUUUAAAAGUUACUAAUAAUUUUAAACUUAUACAAUCAGAUUUUAAAAAUGAAAUUAUAGAUGAAUGUUAUAAUUAUCUUUUAAAUAAUAAUAAUAAUAAUAAUAAUAAUAAUAAUAAUAAUAAUAAUAAUAAUAAUAAUAAUAAUAAUAAUAAUAAUAAUAAUAAUAAUAAUAAUAAUAAUAAUAAUAAUAAUAAUAAUAAUAAUAAUAAUAAUAAUAAUAAUAAUAAUAAUAAUAAUAUUGAUUAUGAAUUAUAUUUAUCAUUAAUUAUACCAUUAAUUGAUAAUAAUCAAUUUAAUUCAAAUUUUUUUAUAACAUUUUAUGAUAAUUUCAUUAAAAGAAAGAAUUCAUCUUUAAUGAAUUUAAAUUAUUCCAACUUUUUCUUAAAUUUCUCAAAGAUUAAUCUUGAAAUAACAACACCAAUUAUUAAGAGAUUUUUUUCAAGAGAAAUACAAAUUUUAUUUUUAAAAUCAUUAUUUUUAAAUUAUAAAUCACUUUUAGAUGAAGGAUCAAGUCCAAAUUUUCAAGAGGCUAAUUCAUUUAUACCUGCAAUAUUUAAAUAUGAUUUUAGUAGUGGUAAUGGUAGUGGUGAUAUUGAUAGUGGUGAUGGUGAUAGUGGUAUUGAUGUUACCAAAGAAACUUUAGAUAUAUUGGAAUUCUAUAAUCAAGCACUAAAUAUUUUAAUAACAAAUAAAGUAUUGUUAUUACCCUAUAUUUUAGAAUCAAUUUUUUAUAAUCUUAAAAAUAGUAGUACAAAAAAAAUAUUCAUUAUCAAUAAUUUAAAUUUAUUCAUUUAUAAUUUAGAAAUUAGUCAAAUUAAUAAUUUUUUAUUACCAACUUUUAAAGAACAAUUAUUAAAUAAUGAAAUUUAUAAGAAUAAAUUACAAACUACUAAAAAUAAUAAUAGUAAUAAUAACCAUAGAAAAUUAUCAAAUUAUUUAUUAAAAAAUAUUAUAAUGAUAUUUUUAAAUGAUCAUAAUCAUGGAAAAGUUGAACAAUGGGAGAAAUUAGAAUUAUCAAAAGUUUCAAAAUACUUUUUCAAAGCUGUAUCGGAUGGAAUGAAUGAAUCAAUUUCAAAUCCAAUUAAUAUUGGUAAAAGAGUUUAUGGAUUAAAUAAAUCAAUGAUAUUUUCAAAUUGGUGUUUAAUAAAACCUUUACACACUAAAAGUUUAAAGAUAAAGUAUUUACCAGAAUUUAGAGAUUCAAAUUUUAAUAUUUUAUCAUUCUUUUUCAAUUCAAUUGAAACUUUAUCAAUUCAUGCUAAAUAUUUACCACCAUUAUCAAAAGAGAAUUUAGUUUAUUUAGCUCAUCAUUCAACUUUAAAUAAAAUUAUAAUUAAAUCUGAUUAUUCAAGAAUUAAUACAUUUUAUGGUGAAAUUGAAUAUUUACUUCAAUCUAAUAAUUAUAAAAAGAAAGUUAUUUUAAUAUUAUUAAAAUCUCCACCACCUGGUAAUCAAGAUUCAUUGGAAACAAAUUAUGGUUUGGAAAUGGGUAGAAUUAUUAAAUUACUUAAUUUAGGACUUGAAAUUCAAGGUUUAAGUUUUGAUGAACACUUUUUUGGGCAAAGACAACAACAACAACAACAACAACAACAACAACAACAACAACAACAACAACAACAACAACAACAACAACAACUACAACAACAACAACAGCAAUUAUCAUUUGAUCAACAUUUAAAUCAAACUGAUAAUGAUACGUUUAUUUUACAAGAACAAUUUAUGCAACAUUUAGAGAAUCAAAAUCAUUUACAGAAUAUUCAAUAUUUUAAAAAUAAAUUUCAAAAUAAAUUUCAUCAUAUUUCAUUAAAAAACUUGACAAAAGUAGAAUUCUUACCUCAUUCAAUCGAAUCUAUAAGCAAAAGAAUUGAAAAUCUAUCAUUUGCAAAGAAUUUACAAUACGUUAAAAUUAAACUUUCUUGUCAAAAUGAUCAAAAUUUAUUAAAUAAAAUAUCAGCUUUCUUUAGAGAAUUGUCAGAAAUUAUUCGCAAAAAUUCAAAUGAUUUUAAAUUAUUAAAUAGAAUUAAAAUUACAAAUAAAUUUGGUUAUUCAGUUUGUUCAGUUGAUUGGAGUAAAAUUGAUACUUUUCCAUUUAAACCAAUAUUAAACUUUAAAUAUAUUGAUUUCAUUAGAAUAAAUAAUAAUAAUAAUAAUAAAAAUAAAAAUAAUAAUAAUAAUAUUGAAUUUUUACUUCAAUCUAAUGGAAAUGAUGAUAAUAAUAAUAAAAACAAUGAUGAUACAGAUAUACAACCAGUUUUGAAAAAAAGCAAACUUCAACAUAGAGAAAGAGAACCAAGUAGUGAAGAUGAAAAUAAUGAUAAUUCAUCUCUAAUUGACAGUAUUUUAAAGAAAAUUGAAAAUCAUUCAGACUAUGAUGAUGAUGAUAGUGAUGAAGAUGAUGAUGACGACGAUGAUGAAUCGUGUAAUGAAUAA